GGCAGUUUUUUUUUUGCUUGACGAAAGCUCAUUUCAACACUUCAAACACGAAGCUCACACACAAUCAACUUUUCAACAGCCUACUUAGGAGGUUUUUGGAUUUUACAGCAUCGAUUAAACAUUCCAAUAGGAAGUCAUCGAGUAGCUUUGGUAGUAUCACAGCUCGAUCAGCACCCUGCACACCACAAGGGUUGCAGAUCACCACACCCCCUGUUUUUACCGACCCAAAUUUACAACAACCUGGCACUUCACCACCGGGCGGCAACAUUGUACCUGUAAUCCAUAGGAGUCCUAGCCAUGUGUUCUCAAAGUGUCUGCUAAAAAGAAUCAUCAUGAGGAAAGUUAGCAGCAAUCUUGUCAACUUAAUGGGAUUCGUUAAGGAAUUCAAAAGUGACUAUGAUGGCAAUGAUAGUAGUAGUACUAGUAGUAGUAGUAGUUCUUCUUUGGAUGGCAGCACCGAUUCUAGUGGGGGCAAUAUAAAGCAACUUUCCAGUUCUGCACCUACAAUGACGGCUCAGGCUCGGACUCCAGAGCCUCCUAGUCCAAAAGCUACGACCAAAGAAGAUAAACUACCCACUACCUCAAAAGCAAGGCAGAAAAAGUUCCACAGGCAUUUUCCAACAGUUGACCUGGACGAAAAAGUUUUAAAUUAUUACUCAUGUGCUCUCAUAGGGGAUAUUCUUCUCCAAGGGCAUCUUUACAUAACGAAAAACUACUUUGCUUUCUACUCAAAUGUCUUCGGAUACGUCACAAAGUUACUCAUUCCACUUUUGACCGUGGAAAAGAUCACGAAGGAGAGAACGGCUAAAAUAAUACCCAACGCGGUUGGCGUUGUGACAAGUGAAGACAAACAUGUGUUUGGCAGUUUAAUGUCCCGUGAUAACACAUUCCGGCUUAUGAUUAAAGUUUGGGACGCAGCAAGAAACAGUGCCAUGCAAAACAGUCUUCAUGUCGAAGAGGAGUUAUUGGUAAGUUCAUGUAUUCAUUAUUUACAAUUUUCGACACAGUGAUGUUGAACAACCACUCAAAAUCGUGGACUACGGAAUGAUAUAGGGGCGGAAUAUAAAGUGUGAAUAUAGAAAAAGGUAGCGAAGCUCUAAAUUCUUCGGGAAUAUUAAAUUCGGAAUAAGCGUCGGAGAACAUUCUUCUGCCGCCUACCUCCCCUCCUGGCCAGCAAAUCUCCGCAAAAUUAUUUUAAAUGAGACCUUAUAUCUUCUCAACAAACCUUUAAAAGACUAAACAUUAUUCACAAAAUGUAUCA